AUGGAAGCAAAAAUAAACAAGGUGUUUGAAGCCUUCCGUGUGACAGAGAAAACUAUCAAAUUGGAAAAAAUGGAAAUUCCGUCAGAAUUGGUGCCGCUUCUCAGUUGUGGACUUUGUCGGCGACGCUACAAUUUUAGCGCCGGGGUGGUGCCUAAAGAGUUGGCCUGCCAGCAUAAUUUUUGCGGAAACUGCCUAAUGCAAAACCAAUUUGGGGCGAAUCUAGAGUGUCAGGAGUGCAAGUGCCCCCUGUGCGGAAUCCACACGCAACUAGAGAAAGUGCUGGAGCCGGUUCACAUUAUGUUCCUUCUUCGGGAAAUGCCGGCUUUACUUUUGGGCCGCGCCAUUUUGGGCUUCUCGAGCGGACGUGGCGACACCCAAGUUAACGAAGUGGAGGCCCUAAUACCCGGCGAUGGGGAUUCCAACUGGCUAGCGGGGAUCGACAUAAAAAAAUUUUUGGGCACCUACAACGAACCAUGCAUGUUACAUGGCAUGCCGAGUACUAUUUGGUGCCACAACUGCAAGCGCCUGCUGUGCCGCGACUGCACCGAAGGCCUGCUGCACUUCGGGCACCGUUUGACCCGCCAGAUGGACUACACGCUGCUGCUGCGUCAGCUAUUUGACAUCGAGCUGGGCAAGAUCAAGGUUCUCGCCACCAAGGCUGACGAAUAUGCCGUGCGCGACAUGAGCCUCAUGCGGCAGGUGGUUGAGGCGUGCAACCACGUCCAGUUGCACACCAAGCGCGUCAUGUUGGACCACAAGCCGUCGUUGAUGGCUUGCCAGAUGCGCGGCUGGAUAGCCCACACUGAGGACAUAAACCGACCCACCGGACAUAUUCGGGAAAACGACAUGGUUCAGUUAAUCUACAAACUGUAUGAGCAGCGCCAACGAUACAACUCUCUGCUGGUAGAGAUUCAUCUUCAAUGCCGGAUGCGGGCAGCAAUCCAAGAAAAUGGUAUGAAGGUAUUGGAGUUUGAGGAUAUCAACCAGAGGCUCUUAAAGCUGCGCAGCUGGACUCGGCCGGGCCCCAUUCCGCAUAACGUGGAUCCGCCACCGGCCCUCAUCCUUACCAACUAUUGUGUGUGGGCCUACUGGCAUGAGUUGCAGCAGAACAUGCUUCCCCCACUAUGCCGGAUUCCUUCACCGCUCCCCGAGCGGUUGCCCCAGUCGCUGCGAGCGGUAAUCCCACCAAACUUCAAUCCGCAACGCCGGGAUAUUAAAGUAUUUGAGCCUCUCCCUAAUAUGGAUAUGAUGCAGGAUCCGGUGAUGCAGACAUUGCAGCGGUGCUUUGCCCGGUACGAAAACUAUUCGGACCGUUCAGGCUCUGUGGGAUCCUCGGGUUCGGCAAGUAGCAGAUCCUCGCACAGCAGCAAUCCGGCGGCUCAGUUGUUUGAACAGAACUAUAAUCGCCUCAGCUUGGAGUUGCAGGUUCUGCAGAGGCCGCCACAACCGCAGAUGCAGCCACAGGCGGAGAUGCCACCACAACGUCACCAGCACUGGGAGCCAAGUCAACCAAAUAUGGCGGGUCGAUUGAAUCGGCAGUUAGAGCUGCAAAUUCAAAACUACUAUGCUAGGCAGCAGCAACAGUCUCCCACGAACCAGAGACUGUGCGACUUGCGAAUUCAUCAAAAUCCGGGAUACAGGGCUCUGCUGGAGCAGCAGGAGCAGCUGGAAGAGGAUCGCAUUCAGAAGCAAAAGCAUCAACUGUCAAAUCUGGGGCCACCAAAAGAAACAAAGUUCCAACAACAUAUACCGCAAUAUCAGAACUUGUCGGCCCAGUCGGCCCCCAAUACCUAUUACGCCAUGGUUAAGGAGGAGUACUUUCACCGAUCGAACGAAAGACGGAAUAGCAACACCACCAAUAACAACGACAGAAAUACCAAUUACACCAGGGAGAAGCGAGAACCUAAGCAGGAACCGGACCAGGACCCGGAGGACAAGUCUAGAUCCGAGCCAAGAACUUUGGUAAGCAUUAUCCGUCUGCCGUCCAUUCAUUGUUAUCCCAUCUAUUAUAUGGAACUGGAAACAGCAGGAAAAAUGGCCGGGAAUGUUCUAAUCGAGGUGCGACCAGAUGCUGCUCCCCGGAUGGCGGAAAACUUUGGGGCCCUCAUCCGACACGACUUUGGCUUCGGCUAUCGGGGAUGCGCAAUUUUUCAAGCCUGGGCGGAUGAGAGCGUAAUCAGUGGGGAUUUCGAGACAAACCACGGACGGGGAGGACACUCGGCUUUCGUCGAACGUUACUUUAUGCCGGAGGACACGGGUCUGCUGGCCUACCGGGGCACCAUUGGCAUACGAAGAGGCCAGAAAAGACAGGACAACGGCGGCUAUGUGGGCAGUCAGUUUCGGUUGGUGCUCAGAGAGAUGCGCUUAUUUACGGCCAUUUUUGGAUACAUCAUCGAAGGCAUUGAGGUUGUGGAGAAAAUAGCAGCCUCCGGAGAUGCCAUGGGACGACCAGCAGUUAAGACCGUGAUCCGGAAUUGUGGCGAGUACACAGCGCAUAGAAAUUCUUCAAAAUUGUAA